AUUUAUCGAGAGGCUUUCAAUGAACACAUGUCUAAGUUGAAUGUUCAAGAUAAGAUAUAUCCCGCGAUGAAAAUUCCCGAUCUGUCUAUAGUAAGAGCGUGAGCAACACCAGUGUGAACCAUGAUCUUCGGGGCAGUCAUUGGUAUUCUGAUCAUCUUUGUGAUUAUAAAGAAGGGAUUGAAGUCGCGGGAUGACGACGUGAAAAGGAAACCAAAGAGAAUAUUUGGAGUAUAUGCCCCGAUUGGAAAGUGGUAUUAUUUCAAAUAUUUCGUAUUCAGAGCGUUGCUGAUACUGAGAAGACUGAAGUACCGAUUAUGUGGGAAACGAUUUUUCCACAAAGAAAAUGUGCUCGAGAAGUUGCAGACUCUAUCGAAUCAUAAGUUGGCUUUUGAUGCAGUUUUCUUCCAUGCAGUGACACAAGAUGGGAUGUAUUUCUGUUGCGGCAUUGAGAGAAGACACGAAGCUAAAGUUGUUGGAUUAGUAUAUUUAGUAUUACCUGAGUAUGGUAUUCUUGAAAGUGAGACCCUUCCCAAAACCACAAUGGAUGCAGACACAGACUCGAUAUACUACCAAAAAUGUUAUUCUGGUGGAGGCCUUACUAUGACACCAGUGAAGCCUAUGAAGAAAUGGAAGGUUCAAUUUCGAGGAAAAAUGAGGGUGCACAACAGUCCAAACAAGACAGUGGAUAUUGAGCUAGAGGCAGAUUGGCACAGUGACUACAAAUGGUUUUUCUUCGAAGUAGAUGUUCCCAGCAAGGUAUUGGCUAGAGCGAUAGCUAGAGAAACUUGGGAUAAGGAAUACUUCCAACGGUUGAAAGAGGCACAUCAGAGCCACUAUGAGCAGAUGGGAUAUUUGAGCGGAAAAUUGAAAGUUGAUGGAAAAACGAUCAAAUUAGAGGAAGUUGACGCCUUCAGAGAUCACAGUUUUGGUCACAAAAGAGACUGGUCGCUCAUGCACCGAUACAUCUACCACAUGUUCUACCUAUCCGACCGAACCAAGAUAGCGAUAGGGGUGGUCAGCCAGCCAUCCACCACCUCCCUCCUGGAGAUGGGCUUCGUGAAUCACCCCGACGGUAGGCUAGACCCGGUGGAAAGCGUCGACUUGGUGCUGUACGAACACGGGGAAGAUGGCGUGAUGCCGGCAGAGAUGGCGUUCACUUUCGUAGCAGGCGGUGAGACUUAUGACGUCAGAGUGGAGUACGUCCAGGAGGCUGUCCACUAUAAAGGAAGCGAUAUUGAGGCUAGGUUGCACGAGAGAUUCAUUGUUUGCGAGGUUAAUGGAGUGCCUGGAAGAGGGAUUUCAGAGUGGCAUUACAACAACUGCCAGAACAAAGAAGAGUAAUAAGUGACUCGAUAAAGAUAUGAAGUGUUUCUUUCUGGUUGUGUGAUGAAAUUUCCAAUAUCUAUAGUCAACAUCCUGCCUUAUUGAAAUUAAUUAUUACCUAUGUACUUGUGUUUUGACUAUCUCAUUGAGAUUAUAAUUUACCAAAUAAAGAUCCUAUGAUAUUGUUACAACAAUA